CGGUGGAGGCGCUUCCCCUCGGGAGAAGGCGGCGGCCGCGGGGGUCGGGGAGGCGGGAGGGGCGGGGGGUGGGGGGGGGUCGGGAGGAGAGAAAAUCCUCGGGGAGGUUCCUCCCCGAACGGCGGCAGCCUGGCAGGGCCCGAGAGCUGCCCGCGGUGGGGAGGGGAUAGCGGGGCGGACCCGGAGGACAUGGAGGGCGAGGAGGCCCCGUCAUGGCGGGGUCCCGGCGGGGCCGUGCGGGAGCUCUGCCGCUCCUUCGGCCACUACAACCGGCACCUGGCGCGGCUGCAGCACAACCUGCGAGAGACCAAGAGGUUCUUCCGCGACGUCAAGUUCUCCCAGGGACAUCCCUUCGCCUCGGCGCCUGCCGGUGACGGCCCCCGCCCCGCCUGGGAUGGGGAUGGGGGUCCCGGGGACGGCGGCCCCAGCCCCGUCUCGUUCCCGCGGCACGAGGAGGAGCAGCUGCAGCGCUCGGUGAGCUGGAGGCCAUGCCUGCUGAUCCUGGGCCAGAACUGCCGCGCCAAGGGCCGCCUGCUGAACAUGCUGCUGGGCCAGGAGCUGCUGCCCACCCCUGGGACUGGCACCAAGGAGCUGCUGCCCAUGGCUGGCACCACAGAGCUGCUGCCCAUGGCUGGCACCACAGAGCUGCUGCCCACCCCUGGGACUGGUACCAAGGAGCUGCUGCCUGCUGCUGGGGCUGUCACCGAGGAACUGCUGCCCACCCCUGGGGCUGUCACCAAGGAUCUGCUGCCUGGUGCUGGCACUGCAGAGCUGCUGCCCACCCUUGGGACUGGCACUGAGGAGCUGCUGCCUGGGACUGGCACUGAGGAUCUGCUGCCCACCCUUGGGACUGGCACUGAAGAGCUGCUGCCUGGGACUGGCACCAAGGAGCUGCUGCCCACCCCUGGGACUGGCACCAAGGAGCUGCUGCCCACCCCUGGGACUGGCACCGAGGAGCUGCUGCCCACCGGGGCUGGCACGGACACCGAGGAGCUGCUGCCCACCCUCGGGGCUGGCACGGGCACUGAGGAGCUGCUGCCCACCCCCGGGACUGGCACGGACACCGAGGAGCUGCUGCCCACCCCCGGGGCUGGCACGGGCACCGAGGAGCGCUGCCGGCGCCGUCGGGUGCGCUUCACGCACGGGGCGCGGCCGCGGCUGAGCCUGGCGCUGCCCGGGCAGUACGAGCUGGUGCAGGCGCUGGUGGCACACAGCGGGCACUGGGACACCAUCCCCGAGCAGGACCUGCAGGUGCCUGGGGACGCCGAGGAUCCCGCGCAGAGGGUGGCCGAGCUGGAGGUGGUGCUGCCCUGCGCGCUGCUCAAGGAGGUGGACAUCGUGGUGGCUCCAUGCCGAGGCUUCCAGUCAGCUGAGGCCACCCUGGCCGAGCUUGUGAACCAGGUGCUGCCCGUUGUCACCUUCGCCAUCAGCGAGCCCCAGCUGUCCCCAUCGGACCAGGCAGAACUUCGGGAAAUCAAACAAAAAUUCUCCCUCCCCAUCUUCUUCCUGCGAAUCCCCGAGGCCAGCAGCGAGCUGAGCUCUCCCAAAAACCCCACCAAGGACAAAUCCCCGCUGCACCUGCAGCUGCUGGAUCUGGAAUACCUGAGCCCCUCCAGCCCCUGCGGCUGUGGCGUUCCCGGCUCCUCCAUGCUGGUGGAGCAGCUGGAGAAGCUGCGGCUGCUGAGCUCCUUCUCCAGGCAGGUGCUGCAGCAGCACCUGGUGGAGGCAGCCACGAGGCUGAGCGAGGUUCACGGGCGCUGCCUCAACAUCUUCAUCAACCAGGCCUUCGACAUGCAGCGGGACCUGCAGAUCACCCCGAAAAGGUUGGAGUACACGCGCAGGAAGGAGAACGAGCUCUACGAGUCGCUGAUGGGCAUCGCCAACCGCAAGCAGGAGGAGAUGAAGGAGAUGAUCGUGGAUACCCUGGGCAACAUGAAGGAGGAGCUGCUGGAGGAUGCUGCCAGCAUGGAGUUCCGAGGUGACAUCAUCAUUCCCGAGAGCGGCGAGCCCGUCAGCUCCAAGGACAUCAAGCGCUGCAUCCAGCAGAUCCAGGAGCUGAUCAUCUCCAGGCUGAACCAGGCCGUGGCCAACAAGCUGAUCAGCUCCGUGGAUUACCUGAGGGAGAGCUUCGUGGGCACCCUGGAGCGCUGCCUCAAGAGCCUGGAGGAGUCCUGGGAGGGCUCCGUGCACCCGCCCCGGGGGCUGGAGAAACCCCGGGAUGGAUCCGUGCACAUCACCAGCAACUAUCUCAAACAGAUCCUGAAUGCAGCCUAUCACGUGGAGGUCACGUUCCACUCGGGCUCAACGGUGACCAGGAUGUUGUGGGAACAGAUCAAACAGAUAAUCCAGCGGAUUACGUGGGUCAGCCCCCCGGCCAUCACCAGCGACUGGAAGAGGAAGGUGGCCCAGGACGCCAUCGAGAGCCUCAGCGCCUCCAAGCUGGCCAAGAGCAUCUGCAGCCAGUUCCGCACGCGCCUCAACAGCUCCCACGAGGCCUUCGCCGCCUCCCUGCGCCAGCUGGAGGACGGCCACUCGGGCCGGCUGGAGAGGACCGAGGACCUGUGGCUGCGCGUCAGGAAGGAGCACGCGCCGCGGCUGGCCCGCCUCUCCCUGGAGAGCAGAUCCCUGCAGGACGUGCUGCUGCACGGGAAGCCCAAGCUGGGCAGGGAGCUGGGCCGAGGCCAGUACGGGGUGGUGUACCUGUGUGACAGCUGGGGGGGACACUUCCCCUGCGCCCUCAAAUCCGUGGUCCCUCCGGAUGAGAAGCACUGGAACGACCUGGCACUGGAAUUUCACUACAUGAGGUCCCUGCAGUCCCACGAGAGGCUGGUGCACCUGCAUGGCUCCGUCAUUGAUUAUGGCUAUGGAGGAGGCUCCAGCAUUGCUGUGCUGCUGAUCAUGGAGAGGCUGCACAGGGAUCUCUACACGGGGCUGAAGGCUGGGCUGGAGCUGGAGCCACGGUUGCAGAUUGCGUUGGACGUGGUGGAAGGGAUCCGGUACCUGCACAGCCAGGGCUUGGUGCACAGGGACAUCAAACUCAAAAACGUCCUGCUGGACAAAAAGAACAGGGCCAAAAUCACAGAUUUGGGGUUCUGCAAACCCGAGGCGAUGAUGUCUGGCAGCAUCGUGGGCACCCCCAUCCACAUGGCUCCCGAGCUCUUCACAGGGAAAUACGACAAUUCCGUGGAUGUUUAUGCCUUUGGGAUCCUGUUCUGGUACCUCUGCUCGGGCCAUGUGAAGUUACCUGAGGCUUUUGAGAGGUGUGCCAGCAAAGAUCACCUGUGGAACAACGUCAGGAGAGGGGUGCGUCCGGAGCGGCUCCCGGUGUUUGACGAGGAAUGCUGGCAGCUGAUGGAAGCCUGCUGGGACGGGGACUCCUCCCAGCGGCCUCUCCUGGGAAUCGUGCAGCCCAUGCUCCAGGGAAUCAUGGACAGGCUCUGCCGGGCCCCCUCCGAGCAUCCCAACAAAGGCCUGGAUGACUCCACCUGAGCGGGAGCUGCGGCAGGAUUCGGGAAUUGCGGCGGGAUUUUGGCAGUUCCAGCCCCGCCUCUGCCGUGGAGCUGCGAGCCAGCCCCGAGGGGGGACAGGGAGGAGCUCGGGGGGUGACAGCUCCAUCCCAAUCCCAGCCUGUUAUCCCUGUGGAAUUCUGUGGGACAGGAAGGAGCUCAGGGGGGUGAGAGCUCCAUCCCAAUCCCUGUUAUCCCUGUGGAAUUCUGUGGGACAGGGGGGGUGACAGUUCCAUCCCAAUCCCAGCCUGUUAUCCCUGUGGAAUUGUAUGGGACAGGGGGGUAACAGCUCCAUCCCAAUCCCAGCCUGUUAUCCCUGUGGAAUUCUGUGGGACAGGGAGUGACAGCUCCAUCCCAAUCCCUGUUAUCACCGUGGAAUUCUGUGGGACAGGGGGGUAACAGCUUCAUCCCAAUCCCUGUCAUCCCUAUGGAAUUGUUUGGGACAUGGUGGGGCUCAGAGGGGUCUCAGGAGGGUGACAGCUCCAUCCCAAUCCCACCCUCUUAUCCCUGUGGAAUUGUGUGGGACAGGGAGGGGCUCAGGGGGGUGACAGCUCCAUCCCAAUCCCUGUUAUCCCUGUGGAAUUCUGUGGGACAGGGGGGUGAGAGCUCCAUCCAAAUCCCACCCUGUUAUCCCUAUGGAAUUGUUUGGGACAGGGAGGGGCUCAGGGGGGUGACAGCUCCAUCCCAAUCCCUGUUCUCCCUAUGGAAUUGAGGGAUGGAAAACCCAAACCCUUGGGGCUCACGGGGGGGCUUUACCAAUCCCACCCCAAACCUUGGGAUGGGAAAAUCCCUUCCCAAAAGCCCAGGAGCACCAUCCUGCUCCUCCCUCUGCCGCUGGCAGCAAUUCCAGAGCGCUUGGAGAGGAAGGAAAACGCACCAAACUUUAGGAUAAGGAAGUGUUGGGAAGCUCCAAGGAGCUGGAAAUGUUUACAUGGACAGGAGCAAAGCUUCCUUGUUUUUUUCUAUGGGGACUUGGAAAACCCCACCUGGAUAAGCUAUUGAUCCCUAAUCCCACCUUUCCCUCCUCUUUUUCCCCUCUCCUUUGCUUCCUUCAAUUUCUUGGAAUGGCUGGAGAAACCUUCCCUUGCUUCCACGCUGCAUUCCUCAGAGGUUCAGCUUUGUAGCAGCACAAAAAGUCCUUCAAAUGAUUGAUUUUUCCAUGGGGGAAAGUGCCAAAAUUCCUUGAAAAUCAGGAUUUGGGGCUUGGAAUUCAUCAUGGCAGUUUUACAUUGGGCUGAGUUUGCACAGGAAUAUUUUUAAAAAAUGAGGAUUUUCCAGCUUUUUUUUUUUUCCAAGUUGGAUGGGAAAUGAGAUCCUUCCUUCUUCCCCUCACCUUCACUCCAGGGCUGGAAUUUGUUUGGAAAGAAUAAAAAAAAAAUGGGGAUAGGGAAGAGUGGGAUCCUGGGCAAGGUUCUUUCCCAAAUUCCUGGAAAUCCCAGUUUGCUUCCUGCAUUUUUGGGGUGGAUCUGGAGCAGGAAACGGCCCUGGGUGGCUCCGUGAGGAACUGAGGAGUUGGGAAUUCCCCCUGGACUUCCCAGGGAAGGUGGAAUUCCUUGGCUGAAAUUCCAGCUGCCCCUGGCCGAGGAUGGCUUUAGUGGGAAUCUUUUCCUUUCUUUGUGCAAUAAAAUGGAUUCAGGAGCUUUUUAUGGAGGAAAAAAUAAUUAA